AUGGAUUUACCGAGCGAUAUUUUUCAGUCUCGUUUAUAUAGAGUUAAUCGUACGCUACUUUCGUUACUUGGACAGUGGCCUUUUCAAAAGGAAAGACAUAGGCGAGUUAUCUUUGUUACAGUGUCUUUUCUUGGUAUAACACAAGCCAUUACACAGGUGCUCGCUUUAAAAACAUUACAUGGUGAUAUUAACGCAACGCUUGAAUGUAUACCACCGCUAAUAAUAGAUGUCUGUUGCAUCGUUAAGCUGGCAAAUUUAUGGUGCAAUAUGGAAAAGAUGAAAAUGAUUCUUAUACAUAUACAAAGAGACUGGCAAUUGUGGGCUAUUGAAAGCGAAUACGAAAUUCUACUUAAAUUUGCAGAAACUGGAAGAAGUAUUACAGUCGGCUAUGCUGGUGGCAUGUACGUGUUUGGCUGUCUUUUCCCAGUUAUGGCAAUGAUUCCGAAGAUCGUUGGCAAAAAUGUAACUUCCGAAUAUUCAACGCGACCAGUGGGAUUUCCAUAUCAUGUCGAAUAUUUCAUAGACCUUAACACGUACUACUAUCCCGUUCUAAUUCAUAAUUAUAUAGUCACUGCUAUUCGACUUACUACUAUAGUCGCAUCCGAUACCUGCAUAGCUAUGCUGGUGCAACAUUGCUGCGCACUGUUCUCAAUCGUUAGAUAUCGAUUGGAGCAUAUACGAAAGUCUAUCAAACAGGAUAAAAAACUCGCUUUACUCGAGGAAGAUGAUAAGAUUUAUAAGAAUUUUACUUAUUGUAUUCGAAAACACGAAGAUGCACUACAAUUUGCGAGUAUUUUGGAAACUGUUUACACAAAACAAUUGUUCAUUGAAGUCGGCCUAAUUAUAGGAGCUAUGAGUAUGUCAGCUUUACAGGCGACCAAUGAGGUCCUUACUCCGCAUAUCGCAAUUAGACAUGCUGGCUAUAUAAUUGCUCAAUUAUUGCAUUUAUACAUUGUAUGCUGGUUAGGGCAAGAAGUCAUCGAUAAUAGCAGUAGUAUAUACACAUCAAUUUACCGAGGCGAAUGGUACGAAUCAUCACCGAAAUCUAGAAAACUUUUGAACGUGAUGAUGCUAAGAAGCAUUUCACCCUGCACCUUAACUGUUGGUAAAAUCAUGGUCCUUUCUCUUCCGAGUUUUAGUGCAGUUGUGCGUGCGUCUGCUUCAUAUUUCACCGUCUUUCAAUCCGUACAAUAA